AUGCGAGAGAAUCCCGUCUUUUUCCAGUUUGGGAGCUGUGACUUGAGUUUCUCCGCAGGAGUAUAUAGUGCUUGUAUGGAGACUCCAGACUCCUGCGUUAUAACCUCCGUACUUUCCUCUCCUGUUGCUGGAAGCUUCGCAGGAUCACACUCUCUGCAGUAUUUCUACUCAGUUGUGUCUGAACCGGGUCCAGGAGUCCCUUCAUUUAUGGCUUUUGGCUUCGUGGACAACCAGCCCUUCAUUCGCUAUGACAGUGAAGAGAUGAAGGCAAAGUCUUGUGUUCACUGGUUGAGGGAGGAGCCAAGUUACUUUGAUGAUGAGACCAAGAUCUUCACAAGUCGGAUGAAGAUUUUCCACUUAAGUCUGAGGAAUGUGCAGCGAUAUUACAACCAAACCAAGGAGGAUGGUCUGAACAGAGAGCUGGCACAAAAGCAAGCAAGUCCCCACACCCUCCAGUUCACCUACGGCUGUGAGCUCCUGGAGGACGGCAGGACCACGUGGCACUGGCAGUAUGGCUAUGACGGUGAGGACUACCUGACCUUGCAUAUGGACCCUCUGCAGUACACAGCAGCCACAUUCAUUGCUCAAUACACCAAACAAAAGUGGGAGGCCGGUGGGAACUACGUAGAGAGAGACAAGAACUACUUGGAGAAGGAGUGCAUCCUGUGGUUGUGGAGAUACUUGACGUUUGGAGGGGAGACCUUGAACCGCACUGAGCCCCCCAAAACAUACAUGACUCAUCACCGCAUCUCUGACCGUGAGGUCACCCUGAGGUGCUGGGCCCUGGGCUUCUACCCUGCGGAGAUCUCACUGACCUGGCAGCGCAAUGGGGAGGACCAGACCCAGGACAUGGAGCUUGUGGAGACCAGGCCUUCAGGAGAUGGAACCUUCCAGAAGUGGGCAGCCCUGAUGUUGCCUUCUGGAGAGGAGCAGAAAUACACGUGUCAUGUGCAGCACGAGGGGCUUCAGGAGCCCCUCACCCUGAGAUGGGAUAAGGAGGGGGAUGGAUGGUCAACCUUAUUAUCAGAAACUCUGAAGAUCUCCGUUCCCAUCACAGGCAUCCUUGUUGGCCUGGUUCUCCUCGUGGUCAUUAGAGAUGUGAUCUGGAGGAAGAUGCACUCAGGAACUGAGUCAGCACAUUCAGGAACAAAAUUCGUGAUGUCAUUCUAA